AUGGCGGCAGAGGAGAGUACCGCACAUGGGGUAACCGUGCAAGAUGCCGUUAAGCCGGAGCUUGUCGAGGGUAUUGCCCAUGAGAAACCCGUCGUUGGUAUAGAUGAGACAGAAGCACCAGUGACGGCAACAGCACUGGCUUCUAGGUUCCAACACCUCUCUCUGUCGGCGCAAACCAUCCACGCCGAUGACUUCCUCAACUCGCACCAGUCCGUCGCCCCGCCUAUGCACGUCUCGACUACGUUCCGGUAUAACGACGACCCGGACGAGCUUAAGCCUUGGACUAACAUCAACCCCAACAACCCCUACGACUCGCACGUCUACUCGCGCGACACCGCCCCCAACACCACCCGCCUCGAAGCCGUCCUAACAUCCAUCCUCCACGGCCCCGCACUAACCUACUCCUCCGGGCUCUCCGCCUUCCACGCACUCCUAGUCUUCCUCAACCCGCGCCGCGUCGCCAUCACAGACGGCUACCACGGCUGCCACGGCGUCAUCAAAGUCCUGUCCAAGCUCAGCGGCCUCCAAACCGUCUCCCUCGACGCCGACUUCGCAGACCUGCAGCCGGGCGACGUGGUGCACGUCGAGACGCCGCUGAACCCGACCGGCGAGGCUAGGGACCUGAGGUACUACGCCGACAAGGCCCACGAGAGGGGCUGUCUCUUAUCCGUCGACGCUACGCUCGCCCCGCCGCCGCUGCAGGACCCGUUUGCCCUGGGCGCCGAUGUCGUUAUGCAUAGCGGGACUAAGUAUUUCGGCGGACACAGCGACAUGCUCUGCGGCGUGUUGGCCGUGCACCCGCGGCACGCGACAUCCUGGAUCCCGCAGCUGCGCGAGGAGCGCCUGGUGCUCGGGUCCGUGAUGGGUAGUUUCGAAGGGUGGCUCGGCGUGCGCAGUCUACGAACUCUAGAGCUGCGCGUGCGCAAGCAGAGCGUCGAUGCGGAGAAACUAGUUUCGUGGCUCGCCGGCGAAGUCUCGAGAAAAGAUAAUAAUAGCGUGGUGGGCGAGCUUGUCGCGCAGGUCAAGCACGCCAGUCUGCAAAAGGCAGAGUGGGAAAAGGGCUGGCUGAAGGAGCAGAUGCCGGGCGGGUUUGGGCCCGUGUUCGCCGUGUACCUACGCGACGCGGACGACGCGCGACGGCUGCCGAGCAAGCUGGCGCUGUUCCACCACGCGACUAGCCUAGGCGGCGUCGAGUCGCUGAUCGAGUGGCGGGCUAUGACGGACGCGGGGGUCGAUAAGAGGCUUUUGCGGUUUAGCAUUGGGCUGGAGGGGUUUGAGGAUCUGAGGGAUGAUUUGGUGCGAGGGUUUGAGGCGUUGAAGGCGGAGAGGGCGAAGAGGGAUGUUGGUGCUAAGGUUGCUUCGUAA